GGGAAAGGGGGUCCAGGGAGCAGGUCAGGCGCCCCGCUUAGCCAGCCCAGAGCCCUGAACCACUAAGGUUGGAGCCCCCUGAGGCCAGUCUGGGCCACUGAGGAACAAUACCACCAAUGUGCCCAGGGUGUCCUCAUCUGCAGAUGUACCAGUGUGCCCAGAGUGUCCCCACUUGCACAUGUGCCAUUGUUCCUGGGGUGUCCCCACCUGCCGAUGUGCCAGUCUGCUCGGGGUGUCCCCACCUGCACAUGUGCCAGUGUGCCCGGGGUGUCCCCACCUGCACAUGUGCCAGUGUGCCCGGGGUGUCCCCACCUGCACAUGUGCCAGUGUGCCCAGGGUGUCCCCACCUGCACAUGUGCCAGGCUGCCCGGGGUGUCCCCACCUGCAAUGUGCCAGGCUGCCCGGGGUGUCCCCACCUGCACAUGUGCCAGUGUGCCCGGGGUGUCCCCACCUGCACAUGUGCCAGUGUGCGGGUUUCCACCUGCACUGUGCCUGGGGUGUCCCCACCUGCAGAUGAGCCAAUGUGCCCGGGGUGUUCCCACCUGCAGAUGAGCCAAUGUGCCCGGGGUGUUCCCACCUGCCGAUGUGCCAGUGUGCCCGGGGUGUCUCCACCUGCAUAUCUACCAGUGUGCCCGGGGUGUCCCCACCUGCAGAUGAGCCAUGUGCCCGGGGUGUUCCCACCUGCUGAUGUGCCAGUGUGCCUGGGAUGUCCCCACCUGCAGAUGAGCCAAUGUGCCCGGGUGUCCCCACUGGCACACGUGCCAGUUGAUCAGAGGACGGGGCCUGGCCUGGGGGUCCCGAGGCUGGCCGUGGGCCCAGCCGAGUCUGCUGGGGGGCAGUCUCGUGACCACCUCGUGUUGCCUCCUCCCCUGUGCCCCCCCCCCUCCCAGCAUGGUGAGGACACAUUUAAUCGGGCCAAGCUCCUCAAUGUUGGCUUCUUGGAGGCGUUGAAGGAAGACCCUGCCUAUGACUGCUUCAUCUUCAGUGACGUGGACUUGGUGCCCAUGGAUGACCGCAACCUCUACCGCUGUGGGGAGCAGCCUCGCCACUUUGCCAUUGCCAUGGACAAGUUUGGCUUCCGGCUGCCCUAUGCCGGUUACUUCGGGGGUGUAUCGGGUCUGAGCAAGGCCCAGUUUCUGAAGAUCAAUGGCUUCCCCAACGAGUACUGGGGCUGGGGAGGUGAGGACGACGACAUCUUCAACCGGAUUUCCCUCUCAGGGAUGAAGGUCUCCCGCCCAGACAUCCGCAUCGGCCGAUACCGAAUGAUCAAGCAUGAUCGGGACAAGCAUAAUGAGCCCAACCCCCAGAGUACCCAUCCAGGAAACACGGACUGGCAGGCGGCUGCUGGGGCUCUUCACCUGGACGAGAGACGGCCUGGUUCCAUGUGGCUUUUCCUGUGGGGACAACCAGGCUCUCUCUGGAGAGAUUUUAGACUUCAAGGCUUCGUGGGCCGGCACCCUGGAGGACAUCCCCCUCGAUGGGGGCUAGCCCGUGCGGGGUUCACCAAGAUCCAGAACACGAAGCUGACCAUGAAGCGGGAUGGCAUUGGCUCGGUGCAUUACCGCGUGCUCGAGGUGUCCAGGCAGCCGCUCUUCACCAACAUCACCGUGGACAUUGGCCGGGCCCCACCACGGCCGGCCCGAGGAUGAUGCCCGCCGCCCAGGAGCUCGGAGUGUCCGUGGAGAGUAGGGGUGGGGGCGCCUGCUGGCCUGGGACUGACUGCUGAGGAGCUGCCUGGCAGCUGUGGGCAUGGGGCCACCCUUCCCCGGGGGGGGGGGCUGGGCCAGGCAGGGCUGGCAGGGCGCCCUCAUGCCUCUCCUGGGGCAGGACUCGAGAUGCCCCCCCCGGUGGCUUGGCACUCAUCGGUCUGUUUGUCCGUCUGUCUGAGGCAGAAGCUUCUUCCUCUUUUCUGACCUGCUGGCUCAGGGACCUGGGCAUCCUCAGUACCGUGGGCUCCAGCGGCACCCCAGGGGGCGGGAGGGGCUCGCUGCCCCAGCCAGGGUGCCUGCCCCCCCAGCACCUCAGGUUCUAUCGAGGGGGUGUUUUCUGGGGACCCCAGGUCCGAGGGAGGCAGAGGUGACUUGGCACCAUUGGGGGGGGGCCUCCCACCCGCGUUUUGCCCCCCCGGCCCAGCUGCCCUCUGCCUCACGUCAGGGACCCCUCGUGGCCCCAGCCCCACCACUGCCUGGCUGGCCUUAGGCAACUUCCUUAACCGUUCUGGGCCUCAGUUUCCUCAUCUGUAAAAUGAGGGGGUUGGACUCUGAUCUUUGAGGUCCCUUCCCAGCUCUGAGAUCUUGUGUCCCUACUUCACCUCUCUGUGCCUCAGUUUCCCCAUUUAAAUCCCCAAUUCCUUGAGAGGGGAGGAGCCAGCAUCACUACCCCCAGGCCCUCUUGAGACAGAGGGCUCUCCCUGCCCUUGCCAAAGGGCCUGUGGGAGCAGGAGGUAGAGCAGAAAGGGAUGAGCCCAGGCUCCGGUCCUCACUACCAGCUUUGGGGCCCCCAGACUCAGGCUCCGGGCCCCUGGGAGAGCCGGGCUGUCGUGUCCAUCUGAGGUGGCGGACUUGCAUGGGUCAGGGGCUGGGCAGGGCGACUGAUGACAAAGCUAGGCCCCUGAUAGCGUAGGGGACCCUCCCUCCCCUGCUUGGGGAUCUUUGUAUAUCACACGGGAAUUGGUUUGAGUGCUUUAGUAAAAAACCUGAAGAGAA